CAGCCCGUCUUCAAAAUGUCCUUUAUCAAUUUAGAUGAUUUACCAUACCUUACGCUGGUGGGGUUCACCCUCAAUACUGAGGAGAAAGCUGCCAUUCAAUCUUCGCUCCAGGUCAAGAAAGAGCAAGAGAAGCUUGAAGAGAUCUGGUUAUGGGGAAAGAUCCUUGGAGUACAGAGAGACUAUUUUAUCGCCCAGGCGACCAAAGACAACCUUUUUUCCCGAAAGUUCUACUAUAGCAUUGAUCUUGUGAAUUGGCUGCAACUGCCUGACGUUCCAUCGUCGGAUAUGGAUCGUAUUAGUCAGGUCCACGGACGCUUCACCGGUGAUCCGGCUUUUGAGUACUCAUUGGGCGAAGAACCAGAAGAAGGCGCUGAGGAAAAGACAAUCAACGAAGAGAAGCGGCUUUCUGGAACCGUAGCCCUCAUUAAUUACGAGACCGAAAUUGUCCCUCGUGGAGCAUAUUACAGAGAUACCUUGCAUCAACUGCAGAAAAAUGUCAAUUUCUCAGGGAUCCCAAAAGGCGAGCUCAGCCAGUUAACGCACUAUCUACACUUCCGCGAGGGUUUCGACAUAAACAAGCGGACAUUACAAGAGAGAGCCGAUGCAUUCGACGAAUCUAUUGAUAUAUUUGAGACCAUUGCCAACGAUGAGCCGAAGGGAGUAUGGUCAUGUCAAACAGAGCGCACUGGAUCAGUAGCAAUUCUUCGCAGCCUCUUAUGGCCCGGAUACGUGUUCUUUCACACGGCUAAUCCGCCCAAGUGGGGGUCCAUGUACUAUGGAACUGGUCAACGAAAUCUGAACAUUGGAUUCAUGCUAUAGUCACAUGUGCCCGUCCGUAAAGAAAAUGGUUUUAACGUGAAACAUAAUAAUAAAUGCAUACUUUAACACUCCUA